CCCGUAUAAAAGCCCUGCAGGAAACGGGCCGGCUGCAGUCGCUGACCAUGAUCCGGGUCGCCUUCGCGCUGAUAAUGGCCGCCCUUUGGGGGGGCUGCGCCCCGCAGCGCAGCCCCUUCGGCGGGCUUUCGGACGUCUUCGACGAGCGCCGCUUGCUGGAGAUUUACAUCCCCACGGUGAACAGCGCGGACGAAACGUGCCGCAACGACAGUCGGUUCUACGCGCACGAGCUGACGCAGUUCCGCAUUUGGGCCACGGAAAUGUUUGACGCUUCGGGCAAGAUGCCCAGCGGCUUCCUCUACGGGUCGUCGCACGACUUGGGCAACUUUGACGAAUGCAUGGAGAUCCGGGUGCCACGCCCAGUGCCGCUGCGCGGCCAAUACUGUCUGGCGCAGUUCACGGUGGCGCCACCAGCCGGCACCAGUCUGGAGCACGCCAGCAGCUACUACGAAUCGGACUAUUUGCGCGCGUCCAACGACUCCAUGUGGGCCAAACUGGCGGUGUACGCGCAAGACAAAACCAAAGGCAGCCGAAACGAGCUGUAUUUUGCGUUUUGCCUGCCGUCGUCCUGCGAUUAUCGCGAGCUGCGCAGCGUGCUCACGCACAACGCCGCCAUCUUGAACAACCGCAGUGACUUCCAGGUGACAGUCGACGUGGGCAGCUGCCAAGCGGCCACGCCCACCCGCUACACUGCCGGCGACGUGGCCUUCAUCGUCUUCCUGGGCGCCUCACUGGCAACAGUGCUGCUCGCUAGUGGCUACGAGAUGGCGCUGACGCGCGACUCCAACCGCCAUUGGCGCCUGAUGGGCAAGCGCCACGAGCUGGCGCUGUGCUUCUCGCUGCCGAGCAACGUGCGCAAACUGACGGCGCAGGGGCGCAACCUGGACGGGCUGGACUGCUUGGCAGGCAUGCGCGUCUACUCGAUGCUGCUGAUUGUGCUGCUGCACCGCAUCAUGUUCGAGUUCGGCUCGCCAAUGGUCAACCCCAAGGACGUGGAAAAGCUGUACACGCAGUUCGAGACCACGCUGCUGCUGAACGGCCCCAUUCUAGUCGAAACGUUCUUCACCCUGUCGGGCUUUCUGGCCACCUACUUGAUGCUGGGCGAGCUGCAGCGCAAGAAGGGGCGUGUCCAGAUGGGCGCGGUCUAUCUGCAUCGCGUCGUGCGCAUGACCCCCACCUACGCCGUGGUGCUGGCCUUCUACUGCACCCUGUUGGUCAAGCUGGGCAGCGGCCCGUUCUGGCAACAGCGCGUCGGCUUGGAACAGCAACGCUGCCUGGCCAGCUGGUGGGCCAAUCUACUCUACAUCAACAACUACGUCAACACUGACCAAAUUUGCAUGUUCCAAAGCUGGUACAUCACGUGCGACAUGAACUUCUUCCUGUUCACGCCCCUGCUGGCGUGGCUGCUGUGGAAGCGCCCCAAGGUGGGCGUGGCAGUGGUGGGCGUGCUCAUCCUCGCCUCCAUGCUGGUGGUGUUCGCCAUCGUCUACGUCAACAAGAUGGACGCCAUGUUUAUGCUGUAUAUCAAGGUUCUAAAGGAUCCGGUGGCGCACGACACCUUCAAGACCCUGUACAUUCCGGGGCACAUGCGCGGCAGCUCCUAUCUAGUGGGCGUGCUGACCGGCUACAUCAAGCACGCCAUGAAGGAGGGCAGCGCCAAACUGCCGAAGGCGGCGGUGCGCAUCGGUUGGGCGCUCUGCGCCCCCAUCAUGGUGGCCUCCUUAUACACCGGCUUUGUGUUCUAUUUGCUCGAGGUGCCGCCCCUGCUGGCCGCCCUCUACGCCGCCCUCUACCACUUUGCCUGGAGCGUCUGCGUUGCGUGGAUGGUGCUGGCCAUCAGCUCUGGGCGUGGCCCGUGGGUGGAGCCGAUGCUGCGCUGGCGCCCGCUGGUGGUGCUGGCGCGACUCACCUACUGCGUCUACAUCUCGCAUGGCGCCAUCCAGAUGUACACGGCGGCAACCAUCCGAACACCGAUCUACGCCAGUGUCUUCAAUGUGGAGUACCAAACGGCCGCCGAUCUGCUGCUCGCCUACGCGCUCGCCCUGGCGCUCACGCUGAUGUACGAGUCGCCUGUCAUAGCGCUGGAGAAGGUGCUGCUGAGCCCCGCGCAGGGCGCGGCCGCCCAGGGCAGCCUGGAGAUGGCCGCCUGACCCCGUAGGCGCCCCC